AUGUCCCGUUCAUUCUUCCCGACCUGCUCCUCCCUGAAAGCGGAAAUGGAGGAGAUGAGCAAGGAGCUGGACGACCUGCGGGCCGAGGUGGAGGCGCUCACCGCCCAGCUCCGAGCCAAGUCCGACCUCGCCGACGGCCUCAAGCGCGCGGGCGCGGACCAGGCCGCGCGGCUGCGGGAUGCCCGGGCGGAGGCGGAACGCAAUGCGGCGGAGGCCGCGGCCAUGGCCGAGGAGGCGGCCGCCACCGGGGAUCGGUGCGGGGUGCUGGAGUCCAGGCUGGCCGAGAAGGAGCAGGCGCUGAGGCACCUCUGCGCGGCGCACGAGGCGCUCAAGGGCACGCUCCGGGAGAAGAUCGAGGGCCUCGAGGGCGACAAGAAGGGCCUCCUCGCGGCGCUCGAGGACGCCGAGGGGAGGCGCGUGGAGCACGAUGCCGCCCUGCGCGCGCGCGACGACGAGGUCGCGCGGCUUCGGGGGCUCCUGUCAGAGAAGGACAGGAGGUGCGGCGAGGCUGAGAAGAGGGCGUUGGCGCCCAGGGAGGUGGUGAUGAGGGACGACAUGCUGGUGAAGCUGGAGGAGGAGAAGGCCGCCGUCGAGGGCAAGCUCAAGUGGAAGGCUGAGCAGUUCAGGCACCUCGAGGAGGCACUCAAGAAGGUUCAAGAUGACUUCAGGGCUGCCAAGAAGGAGUGGGGCUCAGAUAGAUCAACUUUGGUUAAUCGGAUUGGCACACUUGAGGCUGAUUUGGAUUCCAAGACCAGGGUUGCGGAGGAUUUCCGGUCGAGGCUUGAUAUGUGCAGCCAGGCAUUGGCCCAUGAGGAAGGUCGCAGGAAGCGGGUGGAAGCAGAGAUGUCUGAGUUGCGCCACAUGUAUGGCAAUGUGGUCUCUGAAUAUGAAGGGGCCAAAUCAAUGGUCGAGUCGUUGAGCUCCAACACGGAUGGGGAGAUAGCAUCUUUGAGAAGCUCACUGGCUGAGAAGGCUACAUUACUCAAAGAAAUGGGAUACAGGAAGACACAUCUUGAACAAGAAAAUGAGGAUUUACGGUCAAGGCUCAAGGAGUAUCAGGAGGCACAGAUUGGUGGUGCAGAUGCUGUUGUUUCAUUGAAAAGUCUGCGGGAGAAGCUCCGAGCCUUGGAGCAGACACAUAGAAGUUGCACUGAGAAGCUACGAGGUAAGGAAGAAGAAUGGAGAUUGCAGAUGGCAAAGCUUGUGAAUGACUUGGAUGGACGCUUAUCACAGUUAGAAUCCAAAGAUAUUCUUAUUGGGCAACUGCAGAAUGAGUUGCUGGGUAGUUAUGGGUCCCUUGAGCUACAAAUAGUGGAGAACUGGGAAGCUUUGAUAAUUCUUACUGUUGUGCAGGCAAAAUUUCAUGAGCCCUGCUCAUUUGUUGAUACUGCUCAACUGAAUAUGCAGCAUCAUUGUGAAGAAAUUGAGAAGGAAAUUGCUUCUGCCAAGAAACAGUUAGAAGAACAAUCUUGCACUAUUGUCCAGUCUCAAGCUGAACAGAAACAACAAUCUGAGGUUAUAGCAAAAUUGUAUGCAAGAAUCAAGGAGUUAGAACACAUGGAACAAGAACAAAAGAAGAUGCAAAGGCAGCUUGAUGCGUACAAAGAGAUGCUGGAGAACACAUCAAGAGAUGCUCACUGCCUAAAAGAUGAAGCUUCAAAGAAGGAAAGCACCCUGCAGGAGAAAUUGAGGGAGGCAUUAAGUGCUCUUGAUGAAGCAAACUGUGCCCUUGCUAACAGGAAGACUGAGCUGAGCCAGUUAGAAAUCAAUCUCCAUCAUCAAAAGCAAGCAAUUGAGCAUUUGGAAAAACUGAAAAUUGAUUUGGAAACUGAAGUCGAAAGCUAUAUGUAUGACAACCGUAUCCUGAAGAGAGAUCUGGAUGCUGCUCUUGUUGCCAAAAUGGAAGCUGAGGAUUUCCUUAGACAAGAAAAGAUGAAGUUAAUAUGUGCUCUCGAUGAGGCAAAAUAUACCCUUUCUGAGAGGAACAGUGAGCUGACCCAGUUCGAGAACAAUUUUAAUCAGCAAAGGCAAGCACUGGAGAAUUUAGAGAAGGUGAAGGUAGAUAUGGAAACUGAACUCAAAACAUGUAUGGAUGAAAAUUGUGUACUGAAGAGAGAUUUGGAUGUUGAAAUUAUUGCCAAAAUGGACGCUGAGGAGUGUCAUACAAAAGAAAAGGAGGAGCUAUGUGGUAUAAUUAACGAGAAAGGAAUGAUGAUGGAUAAGCUUCAGCAAUACAUCACAGUGCUCGAAGAAGAAAACAUUGGCCAGAAACUUGAUUUGGGAAGUCUUAUCAAGAUGGAGUAUGAGAAGUCCAUUCACGAAGUGAAGAACAGGUACUCUGAAAUUGUUGAGGUCUCUGACAAAAAACUUUUGGAGCUGGAAGAAAGCCUUAGAUUCUUUGAGCAGAAAUUUGCAUGCAGGGAGCAGGAGCUCAUGAAAAUGUUUGAUCAAGAGGAAGCAGAUUGGUAUACACUAAUUGCAGAGAAAGAAAUUGCUAUUUCUGAUAUUCGACAAACUGUUGAAUCUGUUCAGCUUGACAUCAAGCACCUUCUUGAGGCUGCAGCAGCAAAACUGGCAGAAGUUCAGCUAGAGGUGAAUCAGCUUUAUGGUUUUGCAGAAACUCUGAAUUCACUUAACGUCAUCCAAGAGCAUGAUACUGUUUUCAAGGAUAUGCUCAUUGCAGAGUGCGAAAGAGAACUUGACUCCCUGCUGGUGAAUUUAGUGCAAGAGAAGCAUCAGUCAAGAAAUUUGAAGAAUCUUAUUGAACAGCUGAAAGCUCAAACUGCUUCAGAAAUGUCAGAAAAGGCAAAGGAGCAUCUAGAAGUUACAACUAAGCUGAAAUCAUUGGAGGAAAGAAAUGAAACAUUAGAUGAGCAUCUGCGAGAGCUAAAGUCUAGAGCAACUGAUAUGUCUAAUGUUGUACUACAAGAGAGGAAUCAGUUGGUCGAUGAGCUGACUGGACUAACCAAUAUCAUUGGGGAGGUAAUUUAUGGAGGUGAAAGUAUGAUGUCAAAUUUGAGAAGGAUCAUGCAGAAAGUUAAUGAGGAGGAACCAUGCAAUGACAGGCUUACCUCAGAAAAAACUAAUGGUAGAAGUUAUGCACCUUUGAUCAGGAACAAAUCAGGGCAUGUCCUAGAUAGAAGGUCGCCUCUGAAGGAGCACAACUACUAG